GUCAUUGUCUCCUUCUCGCUCACCAAAAAAAAACAAAUUUUUUACUAAUUAAGUUGCCAAAAAAUCCAUUCAAACAUUUUCCAAGGGAGACUACAACCAUGGACAUUCUCCCCGUUCAGCCUCUUAUCCUUGGAUUUGCUUAUAUAAGACCACACCUAAGAUGCUUAGUUCACACCACAAAAAAGAAAACAAAAAAACAUUCCAAGUGAGACUAAGCCAUGGCUAAAAAAAAGACAGCCUGGAUCCGGGACUAUAAGACCCGGAAAUCCAGCCUAAAGAGGAGAUUAACCGGUCUAAUGAAGAAAGUGAACGAGCUGUCCAUUCUGUGCGAUAUGCCAGCUUCACUGGUUGUUUUCAAUCGAGAAGAAGAUCAAUUGGCAGCGUGGCCAUCUUCCGAGGCGGCUAAGUCACUCAUCGACAAAUUUUAUUCUUUAACGGACCAUGAAAGGACCAUGAAGGCCGUCGAUCCGGAGUCAUACGUCCAGACCAAUAUCGAAAAGAUUGAGAAGAAACUAGCCGAUACUCGGAAGGUUAUCACGGAGCUUGAGAUGGAACAUCUCAUGUUCGACCUCCAAAAUGGUCGUGAACUUGCUAAUCUCUCCCCAACCGAGGUUGAUAAAUUAAUAUCGUAUUCGGGUAAGAAGCUUAUGUGUUUGAGUAAACAGAUGGGUUCUACGGUGGAUCAUGAGGCCCUGAGGGCUUCGAAUGUUGCGUCUGGGUUAGGUGGAAAUGGUUUUAACAUGAUGGGAACUGGAAGAAGUUUCUAUUAUUUGGAUAAAUGGGUCUUCGUUGAUCCACAAGUCCAAAAACCUUGUGAUGAUGAGACUCAUUUACCCACAAUGGUCACUGGAUUAGACCUAAACAUGGAACCAUCUGAUGACGUUUAUGAAGACUUGGGGACCUAUAAAGGAGAGAGCAGCAAGGCCGCUGGUGCUGAAGACGAUUCCGAAUGAAGCUGCCGUACGUCGAAGUUGACCUGACAACGUGUCUUAAAUUUUUCUCGAAAUAAUGUUGUUCUUUUUCUAUUAUUGUUGUUUCUUCUUGCUCGUUUCAUAUCUCUAGUUUUUUUUUCUGUUUUGGUCAAGUUUUUAUCAUGUCUCUUGUUGUGUUAAACUCUUGUAUUUGCUUGUCAUGUCGACUUAAUUUUAAUCGAAUGUUUGUUUCUUUACUA